CGCCGUAGUCUCGCCACUCGUCGUCCUGUUGUCCGUCGAAGAGUAAGGAAUGGGGGACAAGAAGAGGAAGCCUCAAAUGUUUGUAAAAUUAGUGUCUGCUGCUGGGACUGGAUUUUUCUAUGUGAAGAGGAAGUCAAGGCAGUUCACAGAGAAGCUCGAGUUUCGCAAGUACGAUUCAAGGGUUAACCGCUAUGUUCUCUUUACAGAGGCUAAGAUGAAGUGAUACACCACCUUUUAGUUUCAUUUCGAUGAUCAUGGCUAUAUUCUUGUAGCUGAAACAAUUUAGUAAUGUUUUCUUUGAAACAGUGAGUUUGAAUCAUGCCAAUCUGUGUUUUUCACUUCUCUGCCUUGUGUACAUUUUCCUUAACAACGUAAAAUGGUAGCUGAGUUUUUA